CGAUAUAUUUUACAUUACCAUGAGCGUUGCUAUCUUAGCACACGAUACAACAGUUCUCCGCAACCACCAAAUUCCAAGUAAACUAGCCGGCAUUGUUUGUGCGCGUUUUUUUUGCAGAAAACCACCAAAAAACACAUAAAAACAUGAAAUUAGUAAGAUUCCUUAUGAAGCUAAGUCACGAGACCGUGACCAUCGAACUGAAGAACGGCACCCAGAUCCACGGCACCAUCACCGGCGUGGAUGUGGCCAUGAACACUCACCUGAAGAGCGUUCGGAUGACGAUCAAGAACCGGGAUCCCGUCCACCUGGAGACGCUGAGCAUUCGCGGCAACAACAUCAGAUACUUCAUACUGCCGGACAGCCUGCCGCUGGAGACGCUCCUCAUCGACGACACCCCGAAGUCGAAGACAAAAAAGAAGGACAGCGGCCGCGUGGGAAAUCGCGGCAGGGGCAGAGGCGCCCGCGGACGCGGUGGUCCACGGGGUCGCGGAAGGGGCCGAGCUUCAGGCCGACGUUAAUCUUUGUAACAGCUACAUCUAAUAAACAAUUUUCGAUAAAUGUAGAAUAUAAAUAUUCUUUGGAUAAAUCCACACUGUAUGCAUUUACUAUGUACGAACAACUGACAAAUGUCUUCAGCUAGUAAAGGAACACCACCUGAAUGAAUGAAUAUGUAUAUUGUUAGAAGUGACUCUGUGUAGUAGCUCAGGAGAAAAGUGUUUACUUGGCAACAAAUUGAACGAAGAUUCCCGCCAUUAAAUUAUGAUUAAAAAUGUUUGAAAGUUUUUAAAAACA